AUGACGGGACUGAACUCCGCCACUUUGCCGUCGUGGAUACAGCCUGCGGAAGAGGCGUCAUCUACCGGCGGGAAACGCGGGAAACCCCGAUACUCAUCAACCCGUCGAUCCCCGUCGUCUCGUUUUCUCAACACCCUCUCGACUCUGGGUUGCUGCAAAGUGACCCAACAACACCCCUGGCUUAGAGGAAGAAUAAUGCGACGUCUGAUGACCCUUUUUGCAACCGCAACCGCAACAACCACAUUGAAAACGCGAGUGGCAGUGAGUUUUGGACUCAUCGUAUUACUGCUGUUUUCCGGCGCCGCGGGGCUAUACUGGCUCUUCCCCGAUGGCGGCGGCGGCGGUUGGGAUUUGGACGCAUUUGGUGGCGGUGGCGGCGGCGGAAGAGAGAAGAUGGCGGAUUUGGCGGCUGCGAGGUUGUACGAGCUUAUUGAUGCGCAUUUGACUGAUGCUUGCAAUGAUUUUAAAAAAGCUCGUUGGGAUUUUGCCACGAACAUCACGGAGGAGACUCGACUUCGGGCAGUACAAGCAGCUGCAGAUUUUGAGCAAGUUCGUGCCGAAAUGGCAGAAGCUGGGUCCUUGUUCAACGCGGAUCGAAUUUCGGAUCCCGACUUGUCCAAUAUUUUUAGGGCUCUGCGACGCAUUGGUCCGCAACCUUCAGAAGUUCCUGCGAAUACUCUCAAGGCCAAUGAACUCAAGUCCAGGAUGGAAGACAUCUACAGCACGGCAACCAUCUGUGAUUUCAAGGAUAAAGGUCGAUGUGGCCUCACGCUGAAACCAGACGUGUCUCGUCGGAUGCGAUUAUCGAGAGACCCCGAGGAGCUCUUGUGGUUUUGGGAAGAAUGGCGAAGAGCCACAGGCCGGAAACUGAGGCCACUCUACCAGCAAUUCCUUCAAGCCAGCGACAAGAGCAGUCUUGAAAACCGCAAGUCAGGCUUUGUUGUUGCUGGAACAAAUAAGUCCACUUUACCAACAACUUCAUGCUUUUGUCCGCAAAAGACUGAGGGAUUUUUAUGGCGAAAAGCUUAUUCCGAAGCAUUCCCAAAUCCCUAUUCAUCUCCUCGGUGA